AUGUUCGAGCCUCUUUUCUGCGUAUGGUCUAAUCUGGCAGUCGUAGACGAAAGCAGCUUCAACCCGCCCAUCGUGAAAGACGAGGAGAUCAAUUCGGAUCUUGAAGCUCAGAAGGACGCUGAAAUGGCCCCGAUUGUGGUAGUUGGAGUGAUCAGCAAGCCUGACCAGAUCGCUAUGGACAGCCGCACGAACAUUCCGGGCCCGGAGAAACAGGACCAGGUAGAAGCCGAUGACACCAACUUCACCAACGAAGCCAAUGAAACGAACGAAGGCAAUGCGACCAAUGAGUAUGGCAACGUCUCUGAAGCUAUCACCCGCAUCUGA